CGUUGUUUUAUUUGUUGUUUAUUCUGUGGAAGACGUAGGUCAGUCGACAUUUUAAAAAUAGACUGUAUUUUAAGAUAGAUUUAAUUGUUUCUGCUUUAUGUUCUUUUGUGGUAUAAUUUCCAGAUAGUGUACUUUCUUCGGCCAAGAUUCAGAAGAAAACGCUUUGACUGUCAUUAACCGUCCUAUUUUUCUGCAUUGUUCCCAAAGAUGAACAGUCAUUAUCAACGUAGCGUUCCUUUGGAAGUGAGGAGAGCAGAAGGGGAGAGAGUCCGUGCAAAACAUCCGGACAAGAUACCGAUUAUUGUGGAGAGGGCUGCCAGAUCGAGAGCUCCUGACUUGGACAAGAAGAAAUACCUUGUUCCCUCUGAUCUGACCGUGGGACAGCUAUGCUUCCUGAUCAGGCAGCGGGUGUCAAUGCGGCCAGAGGAGGCACUUUUCUUCUUUGUAAACAACUCACUUCCGCCAUCAAGUUCCCCUCUCUCAGCGGUCUAUGAGGAACACCAUGAAGAAGAUCUUUUCCUCUACAUGACCUACAGUAAUGAGAGUGUCUACGGAGCCUGAGAGUUGAGGGAAGAGAGAGAGAGAGAGAGAGAGAGAGAGAGAGAUAUAGAGGUGGGGGGGGGGGUUGGAGGAAGGGAUGUUUAAAUUAAGACAGCGAGACACACACUUUUUAUGUUUUACCACUAUUAUUCCAUUUGAAAUAAGUAAAUUUCUCCAGAUACUGGGAGACAUGGUCGGAAUGGGGUUAAGAGUUACGUUUAAAUAUUCGUUGUGUUGGAACAAUAAUCAUGUGCUUGGAUGAGAAUUGUAACCGAAAGAAAAAAUGUGGAUAUUUAGGGAAAGGGGAAGUUUCUUCACAGCCUCUUCAAGUCAUUUUCUCUCUCAAAAUGAGUCAUCUGUAUUUAAUGCAAAUAGUAUUUUUUGUAAAAUAAUGUUUUUGUGGAAAAUAAAAUAUAGAAAAAUA